AUGUUUGGCCCGUUCCCCCGGAAUCGCAGGCUAUUCUACCUGCUACUGGCCUGCGCAGCAACAUCCAUAUGCCUCAUCAACCUCCUGUUUCUCACCCAUACUGUCGACAACUCCGUGAUCCGCCUCCCUAAUCUGAGUCUCUUCACCACAACAACGAGCCCCGUAUUCGGGGAGAAGCGAACCGACAAUGUCGCUCAACAAGUUUCCGCCGAACAGUCGCCAAAUACCCGUGAGACAUAUGGACGACACCCACCUCCCGGUUUCAAGGAAUGGUACAUGUUCGCACGCAAAAAGAAGGCGCAUAAUGUCGACGAUUUCCAGCAAAUUACGGGCGAUCUGCGACCUUUUUGGGCGGUUCCUCCGGCGGAAAUUCGACAGAUGGCAGCCAAACUGCAAUCCAGCGACGGCAUUGCAGGUGUGCAGAUCCGCAAUAAGAAGGUUGUUUACUCCCCCGUUGAAGGGUGGAGAGUCGAAACACUGCGGAAGUCGAUCAAGCGCAUUGCACGGUAUCUUCCGGACAUGGAUAUUGCGCUUAAUAUUAUGGAUCAGCCGCGGGUCAUGGUACCAUAUGAAGAUACCCAGGAAUACCUCCGUACCGAAGCCCUCACUAGAAGCUUACCCAGCGAUGCGCAAGAUCAAUUCACCCCAGGCAUGUUUAAGGGAGGUUCCAGUAUCGAGGACCAUGUUGACCCAUCCUGGUUCUCGAUUGCCGGAAAGAUGUACAUGGACUACGCCAAGGACUCCUGUGACCCUCACUCUCCCGCUCGAAAUGACAAUUUCACUGUAGAGGAUGCCGACAAGCUAUACAAAUCUCCCUUGGGUGGCUUUGUGACUAACUUUACAGCUUCCUCUGAUCUUUGCACCGUCGGUCCUGUGCUCGGAGAAAACCACGGCUUUUUGUUCUCCGCAUCGAGCAAUCUUAUCACAAGGAAACUGAUCCCAGUCUUCAGCGAGUGCAAGGUUAGCGUGAACAACGAUAUCCUUUUCCCUGCAAAUAUGUAUUUCAUGAACGACAAGCGAUACGUGUACAAUUCGCGACACGACUACGAGUGGAAAGACAAGGCAGACACUCUCCUCUGGCGCGGCGUCACCUCCGGGGGUGUUCAGCUUGCAGAUAACUGGCAGCAUAUGCACCGCCAACGCUUUGUGCACAUUACCAACAGCACCGAUAUGAGACCAGAGACGGUCUCCAUCCUCUCCGAGACCAGCCUUGGGCAGUAUCGUAACUACCCCGACUUCCACCCAAGCAAAUUUUCAUUAGACCACUUCGACGUCGGCUUCACCGAGGCUUGGGGCUGCAUCCCGAACUGCUCUUUCUACGACGAUGUUUGGACCUACAAAAAGCCCAAAGGUUUCAGCGAGCAGUUCAAGGCAAAAUACCUCGUCGACAUUGACGGUCACAGCUUCUCCGGUCGGUGGCGCGCCUUUCAGCUCAGCAAAUCCCUGGGGAUCAAGGCAACUAUUUUCCGGGAAUGGCAUGACUCCAGGCUCUUCCCCUGGCGUCAUUUCGUCCCUAUGGACAACCGUUACGAUGACCUGUACGGAUUGAUGACCUACUUCCUCGGUCUGGAACCACAAACACCGCCCGAAGACGCGUUCUCAAUUAGCGAGCCGUACAUUCGGAAGCAUGACUUCGAGGCUGAGGUGAUCGCAUCUCAGAGUCGGGAAUGGGCGCAGCACGCGCUGCGCAACGAAGAUCUUGACAUCUAUCUCUAUCUUCUUCUCCUUGAGUACGGACGCAUCAUUGAUGACAAUCGUGAUAGCAUUGGGUACAGUGGUGACGGAAGUGAGCUGGACCACUUUGACGAUCAAUAUCCUUUCUCUCCGGCGAUACCAAAUAUCGUCAACCCUCCUCCUCCCAACGCUGAUGAAGAAUGA